CCCUCAGCUCAGCUCAGCUCAGCCUUGCAUCGAAGACACGGUCAAUCGCGACGCAAGUGGUUCCAUUCCUGGGGAACGUACCACAGUAGCUCUCUCUCACCACUGCAGCAGGACCGCCACCCAAAGAGACUCCCGCAGCGCCCAGCUCGCCAAACACAGCGACAACACCAGCGCGGGACGCGGAUCCUUUUUUGUAAAAAUGCUACCCCUCGGCCUUUUGAACGCGGCCCAAGGCCACCCCAUGCUGGUCGAGCUGAAGAAUGGCGAGACGCUGAACGGACACCUGGUCCUGUGCGACACAUGGAUGAACCUCACCCUGCGAGAGGUCACCCAGACCAGCCCGGAGGGCAAUAAAUUCAUGCGACUGCCGGAGGUCUACGUCAAGGGAAACAAUGUACGUUCUGUCUACGGAAAGGAGGGGGCCGGCACCAUGUCGAGUCUGUUUCUGCCACAGUUGGGACCAAGGGAACUAAUGCCUGGGGGACGGCUCUGUCACAGAUCAAGUACCUGCGCGUUCCGGGCGACGUCCUCGAAAUUGCAAAGGACCAACAACAGAACCAGGGCGGCGGCUACCGAGGCGGGCGUGGCGGAGGACAGGCUAGAGGCGACCACGGCGGACGCGGCGGCGGAGACCGCGGACGCGGCGGCCGCGGACAGGGGAGAGGAGGACGCGGCGGCGGUCGCGGCGGCGGUCGCGGCGCGUGAGUGGGCGUUCCCGGUGCGAGUCUUGUCAAUUGGGCGCGCAGCGAAUCCACGGGACAAUGAAUGGGUGGACGAGAUGGAACGGACCUACGUGUCGUGGUCUGUCUCUCAUCUCUCUCGGUAACUUCUUUGCAUAUCUACCGCCGUUUGGGCCGACAGUCUGGCCUUUUUGUGUACGGGGCUGCCUAUGAUAGCGGCACUGACGGAGACUACCGGGGGGGUGCAUCGUGGUUCCUCCGGUCGAUCAGGUGAAGCGGUGCUCGAGAGAGAGAGCUGCUUGCUUGGGCGUGGUCUACACUACGUACAUACCUACUCAGAUGGCGCUAGGGUUUGGGGUUGCCGUUACCCGCAGUCUUUAUAGCAUUUGGCGGGCAGUGGGAAGACUAAAAGUAAUAAAGUAGACGCUAACAACGGAAACCGUAGAACACCUAUGUUUCGGUCUACAGUUAGCCCAAUGCAAUAUGGAUACCCCUGAUAUUGAUCUCUUCCAGUCAUUCGUGUCUGUUGAAUUUCACACGUGUAUUCUGUCUGUACC